AUGGAAAUGAGACGUGUGGUGGGAGACCAUCAACCCUGCAGCGGGAAGUUCAUUGUCAGUGCACCAGCAGGGAGGCAGGCUGCCAGUCACGUCAUCCACAGGUUGAGCACAGAGGUCGUUCACCUGUCCAUGGCUGGCAUGAAAGAGGAGUGGGAAAAGUUCCUCCAGGGAGAUGGGGUGACUGGUCACCUGCAAAGCAGCAAGCCUUUUCCCCCAACUGGCGGAGUCCCAGUCCAACAAGAGUUAACCACACACACCUGGACCCACACAAAGAGAUCUGCACACGAAUGCACCCGAUGUGGACAAAGAUUUAGUCACAAGUCAAGCUUAAACCAACACAUGAGAAUCCACACAGGAGACAAACCAUUUAGCUGUGAUGAAUGUGGACAAAGAUUUAGUCACAAGUCAAGCUUAAACCAACACAUGAGAAUCCACACAGGAGACAAACCAUUCAGCUGUGAUGAAUGUGGACAAAGAUUUAGUCAAAAGACAAGCUUAAACCAACACAUGAGAAUCCACACAGGAGACAAACCAUUCAGCUGUGAUGAAUGUGGACAAAGAUUUAGUCAAAAGACAAGCUUCAACCGACACAUGAGAAUCCACACAGGAGACAAACCAUUCAACUGUGAUGAAUGUGGACAAAGAUUUAGUCACAAAUCAAGCUUAAACCAACACAUGAGAAUCCACACAGGAGAAAAACCAUUCAGCUGUGAUGAAUGUGGACAAAGACUUAGUCAACAGACACACUUAAACAGACACAUGAGAAUCCACACAGGAGACAAACCAUUCAGCUGUGAUGAAUGUGGACAAAGAUUUAGUCAAAAGACAAACUUAAACCAACACAUGAGAAUCCACACAGGACAGAGACCGUUUCCUUGUGAGGUUUGUGGUGAAUUAUUUAGAUGGCGUGUCUCUUUAAAAGGACACAUUUGUGUCCACACAAAAUAG